CACUUCUUGAUGAAUAAUCAAAGCAUCCAAUCACGGCACGCAUCUGUUUAUGAACUAAAAUCUUUUAAUUUUUCUUCUCUCUUUCAUCAUUCUUAUACUAAUCCACGCAAUGACCGAGGCACGUACUGCUACUUUGGAAAGAAAGACAAACGAAACCGACAUUAAAGUCACAAUCAACCUUGAUGACAAAUUUGAUCAAAAGAUCCAUAUUGACACCGGUAUUGGUUUUCUCGAUCACAUGUUUCAUGCUCUUGCCAAACACGGUGGUUGGUCUUUAAACUUAACUUGUAAAGGCGAUCUCUAUAUUGAUGAUCACCAUACUGCUGAAGAUACAGGCAUUGCCCUUGGUAUGGCUUUUAAGCAAGCCCUUGGUACUCCCCGAGGCAUCAAGCGUUUUGGCUCUGCUUUCUGUCCCUUAGAUGAAGCCCUUGCUAGAUCUGUUGUUGAUAUCUCUGGUCGUCCCUUUGCUGAUAUUAACCUUGACUUAAAGCGUGAAAUGAUUGGUCAAUUGUCUACAGAAAUGAUUCCUCAUGUUUUGGAAUCGUUUGCUGGUGCAGCUGGUAUUACACUUCAUGUGGAUGUCUUGAAGGGUAAGAAUGACCACCACAAGGCUGAAUCUGCGUUCAAGUCUUUGGCUGUUGCUAUUCGUGAAGCCAUUACUAGAACUGGUACCAAUGAUGUUCCUUCUACAAAGGGUGUUUUGUAAUAAUAAAAUAUACUAUGCAACGUUACUCUUCAGUACUUUUACAACACUAGAACAUAUCUUGAUAGUUAACCAAUAGAAUAAAAAUAAUACUGGCUAUGUUUUUCUAAUGUA